AUGACUGUGUUGAGCCGCCUAAUAUUGAGGUACAGAACAGCCUCAGCAGUUCAUGGUUUCUGCACUAGAUCUUCUGAAAUUGACCUUACCAUAGCAGAAUCAGCAGUAGCUCUUUCUUCUGCUAUUCCUGUUGAAAAUUCCAAUGUGAAGGGAAGGAAUGUGCAGUGGGUUUUUCUGGGUUGUCCGGGUGUAGGCAAAGGCACCUAUGCUGCUCGAUUGUCGAACCUCCUAGGCGUUCCCCAUAUCGCUACUGGUGAUCUUGUGCGCCAAGAACUCUCCUCUUAUGGGCCCCUUUCUUCUCAGCUUGCGGAUAUUGUUAACCAAGGGAAAUUAAUUUCAGAUGAAAUUAUAAUAAAUCUUCUUUCUAAGCGUCUUGAAGAAUCUCAAGCUAAGGGUGCAACGGGCUUUAUCCUAGAUGGCUUUCCUCGGACUGUAAGACAGGCGGAAAUCUUAGAGGGGGUAACUGACAUUGAUUUGGUAAUUAAUCUGAAACUUCGUGAAGAAGCAUUGAUUGCCAAAUGCCUUGGAAGAAGAAUUUGCAGUGAGUGUGGAGGGAAUUACAAUGUUGCCUGCAUUGACAUCAAGGGAGAAGAUGGAAGCCCAAGGAUGUACAUGCCUCCCCUACUUCCUCCUCCAAAUUGUGAAUCAAAAUUAAUAACACGAUCUGAUGACACAGAAGAAGUAGUUAAAGAACGUCUCUUAGUAUACAAUGAGAAGAGCCGACCUGUUGAGGAGUUUUACCGCGCUCGUGGAAAAUUGCUGGAGUUUACUCUUCCUGGAGGAAUUCCCGAGUCCUGGACAAAGUUGCUUCAAGCUUUGAAUCUUGAUAAUCAUGCAGACAAAUAG